ACUAGUUAUUUAUUAUUUUUCAGACGUGACAUCAGUUCUACUUUAAUAGUUACUAGGUUAGCGUUGCAGUAUUUGUGACUUGUAAGUUUCCAUAUGAAUUUUAGUCACAAUUUCUGUGAUUUGUUGAUUAAUUUAGUUUUUAUUUAUAAGUAUUAACAAUUUAUAUUGACUAAUAUCUGGCUAUAGUUUCUUUUGUUAUUUUUUGUUUUUAAAUUAGCUACCUAGAGCCAAAACACAGAUCAAUUAUUUAUUGACACAGAUUAUUGUUAGUUUGAGUUUAGUAAAAAUAUUUUGCCAAAAAUGGCUUUAUCAAAAUAUUUAUACAUACUUUUUGCAUUAUUAAUGUCGUGUAUAGCCAUUGAAACUUCAAAUUUAAAAUGUGAAGUGUGUUGUCGUCUUGUUGAGGAAAUUCAACGUAAUGUUAGUUCUGUGGAUCCAUCAAACAUUGUGCAAGUUUCUAAUUUUCGAUUGGAUGGCAGUGGUAAUCAAAUAAAACAUACUAUUCCACUAGCUCGGUCACAAUUAUAUUUAACAGAAGUUAUGGAUUCUGUGUGUGAAAAGAUGAAUGAUUAUGUACGCGCUACAUUUAAGAAGAAUGGCACGUUGACAGUUAUGCCAUUGUUACUAGAUGGCCAAAUGAACCCAUUGAUGAGUGAGGUGGAUGUGGUUCAAGACUCUGAUCUGAAUAAAAGUUUACAGUAUUAUUGUGAGGACAUUGUUAAUGAUAUUGAAGAAGAUCUCAUAAGCAUAAUCAAGUCUGGAAAUGAUAAUCACAUUGUUCAUUCUAUUUGUACUAAUGUUAUGCAACUGUGUCCAAAAACAGAUAAUAAAGUAGAAUUAUAAUCAAAAGUUAUUAUAUUUAUGUUUUAAUUUAUAGUAUAUUAAAGUUAAAUGUAGUUUCUACAUUUAAUAAUGUUGAUGUGAUUUUAUGCUAAUUUUUAUUGUUUUAAUAAGUAAUACAUUUAUUGAUGUAGGUGCUCAUGUUUGAUAUAGUUGAUAUAAAUGUACAUUUUGCCUUUCCUUUUUUAUUUCAAUAUACAGCCUGAUCUAUUGUUAACUUGGGCAUUUUAAAGAUGUACCAAUUUCAUACAAUAGUACUUAAGUAGUUACUAGUAAGUGAUAAACAUAUUUAUUAAUAGUCAGUGUCAAGUGUCAACAAAUUUUUUUUUUUUAAUACUGAUUUAUAUUGUA